CCCUAAGCUGAGAAAAAUAUCUUCACGCAGCUGUCUAGGGUUUUUCGCCUCUCUUUUUACUCUCUCUCUCGAAAACCUAGCAGUCUUCUCUCUCUUUUCUCAGUUCCUCCAUGGGUAAACCUAAAUCCGCCACCAAGGUUGUUGCAGCUCCUGCUGCGGUUAAGGCCACCAAGCCUUUGAAGAAAGGUAAGAGAGAGCCUGAGGAUGAUGUUGAUACCAAAGUGAGCGCUAAGAAGCAGAAGAAAGACGUGAUUGCUGCUGUCCAGAAGGAAAAAUCUGAGAAGAAGGUGCCUAAGAAGGUUGAGAGCUCUGACUCCUCAGACUCUGAUUCCGAGGAGGAGGAGAAGGCUAAGAAGGUUCCGGCCAAGAAGGCUGCUGCCAAGGCUGCUUCAAGCAGUGAUGACUCAUCUGACGACUCUUCAGACGAUGAGCCAGCAACCAAGAAGGCUGCUGCUACCAACGGAACUGUUGCAAAGAAGUCUAAAGAUGAUUCAUCUUCUGAGGAUGAUUCUUCAGACGAGGAAGUUGCUGCAACAAAGAAGCCAGCUGUAGUUGCUAAAGCCGCUGUAAAGGCCAAGGCAGAGAGUUCAUCUGACGAGGAUUCAUCUGAUGAAGAUGAAGCUGAAAAGAAACCCGCUGCUAAGAGUGCCAAGCCAGCUGCUAAAGAUUCUUCAUCCGACGAUGACUCAGAUGAUGAAUCUGAGGAUGAGAAACCUGCUGCCAAGAAGGCAGCUCCUGCUAAGGUAGCUACCAAGGCUGCAAGCAGCUCCGAUUCAUCAGAUGAAGAUUCUGAGGAGGAAAGUGAAGAUGAGAAACCUGCCCAGAAGAAGGCUAAAAAGGAGAGCAGUAGUGAUGAUUCUAGCGAGUCUGAGGAAGAUGAAAGUGAAGACGAGAAAGAAACCCCAGCGAAAAAGAGCUCCGAUGUAGAAAUGGUUGAUGCAUCAAGUGCAAAACAGCCAAAGACACCAUCCACUCCUGCUGCUGGCGGAUCAAAGACACUCUUUGCUGCCAAUCUCUCUUUCAAUAUUGAAAGAUCAGAUGUCGAGAAUUUCUUCAAGGAAGUUGGUGAAGUUGUUGAUGUUCGAUUCUCUACCAGUAGAGAAGAUGGAAGUUUCAGGGGAUUUGGCCAUGUUGAGUUUGCUUCUGCGGAAGAAGCACAGAAGGCUCUGGAAUUACAUGGUAGACCUUUACUCGGCCGUGAGAUUCGUCUUGAUAUUGCUCAAGAGAGAGGCGAGAGACCUGCAUUCACUCCUCAAAGCGGAGGCAACAACUUCAGAAGUGGUGGUGGUGGUGAUGGUCAAACUGUUUUCGUUAAGGGAUUUGACUCUGCUCAGUCUGAGGAAGAUAUCAAGCACGCAUUGAGGGAACAUUUCGGUUCAUGCGGUGAGAUCACAAGGGUCUCUGUUCCCACAGACCGUGAAACUGGUGCUUCCAAAGGUAUUGCUUACGUUGAGUUUUCAGAAGGCAAAGAGAAGGCGUUGGAACUAAAUGGAAGUGACAUGGGAGGAUGGGGUCUUGUAGUUGAUGAGCCUAGACCGAGAGAUACCAGUAGUGGAUUUGGUGGCAGAGGAGGUAGAGAUAGCGGCCGUGGUGGCCGUUUUAACAGCGGUGGCAGAGGAGGUAGAGAUAGCGGCCGUGGUGGUCGUUUUGGUAACAGCGGUGGCCGAAGUGGAGGUGGUCGUUUCGGUGGUGGCAGAGGAGGAAGAGAUGGUGGUCGUGGAAGACCUAGUUUUACUCCCUCAGGUAAGAAGACUACCUUUGGCGAUUUCGAGUAGAAGCUUCUGUAGAAGAAAAGUCUCUUCUUAUGUUGUUAACUUGUGAUACUUCGCAUCCUUUUAUCAUUUCGUUUCUUUUUUUGUUCUAGUUUCGCUUCUGUCAGAACCUUAAAUUUUUGUCUGAAUGUUAAAUUAAGCUCAAUUUUGAGUGGUUUGGGUGUUAAAUCUAAUUAUUAUAUUCGUCCUUC